CUAGCCCUUUAAGGCGGUCACGUGUUUUUUGUUUUGUUUUUUUGAGUGAAGAUUUUACUUCCGGGUUUUAGUUUUUGGAUCAUUUUGAAGGCAUCAGAAAGAGAAAAAUAAAUAAGAAUACGUUCAGAUUUGCUGCAUUUGGCAAAAAAUAAUGGCUGCGGUGGAUAGUUUCCCGUUAUUGUAUAGAGAAAUAUCCCGAUCUUGCAGCUGCUAUGUAGAAACGCUUGCUUUAGUGGGUGCACUUUAUACAGCAAGCAAAGCUGUAAGACUGAUGAUGGACUGCUAUAGUCUAGUAAGGCUUCACUUCAUCCCUCGUCUGGCUGACUCCACAGAUCUUGUGCAUAGAUAUGGAAAAUGGGCCAUCAUUAAUGGUGCAUCAGAGGCGCUAGCUAAAGCAUACGCUGAGGAACUAGCCAGGCAUGGUGUAUGCAUCAUCCUCAUUACCACUGACUGUCUAAAAGACGCUUCCAGGAUCAUCUCCGACGCUCAUGGAGUCGAGGUUAUCCGAGUGGAGGCCGAUUUCCGUGACGGUGCAUUGGCCUGCAAGUCCAUCAAAGAUGCGAUCGAGGGAAAAGACAUCGGGUUUGUCGUAAACUGCCUGAAUUGUUCGCUGGAACCCCCCCGAGACUUCCACGAAAUACCCGAGAGUGAGCUAUGGCACGUUCUAAACACUGGCAUAUCCUCGGCUUUACUGAUCACUCGCCUGGCUCUGACCGGCAUGGCUGAGAGGAGGAGAGGCGCAGUCGUUAAUAUUUCAUCAGGACGCUGCUCCAGGCCCUGUGCUCGGAAAGCUGCGCUCUCUGCAUCCACGGCUUUCUAUGACCACUUCAGUCGUGCCCUGCAUUAUGAAUACGGCCAUCGUAGAGUGUUCGUGCAGAGCUUGCUUCCUGGCAAGGUGGCCUCCGAGGGAGAUGAUGCUAGUUGGUUGGUUCCUCGGGCAAAUGUUUACGCCAAACACGCUCUGUCCACCCUGGGCGUCUCGCAUAGAACGACAGGAUACUGGCCUCACACACUACAGCUUGGGCUUGUGUGCUGUGUGCCAGAGUGGGUAUGGCUACUGGGGGCACGAGUAACCUGUAGGAUGACCUAAAAUAUCUCACUGCAAUGUCUAUCAUCAUGUGUGUUUUACAGCGAAAAGAAAAACACAGGAAAUGACGUCGUGUGUGUAGAAAUAAUUCCCUCAUCGUGUUCUGCGUUAUUAUGGUUGUGUUAUUAACAACUCAAAGAGCAACCGGUAUUCUAUGUACAUCACGUGUAUAUUAGUGAUAUAAAACAGCAAUGUAUUUAUUGAUGGAACAUUAUUCAUGCUUGGUUUGAAAAUGCUGCUUUGAUGAUAUUUAUUUUAUAAUCAUGUCAGAUUACAUAUUGUAUCUUGUUUACUACAUAAAAGAAUAAAACAUGCUGUUUCUGUCUGCCGA